AAAAUUAUUAGGUAACUGUCCUUUGGGUUCUGGGAAGCUGCCAUCCGUUGAAAAUGCCUCUAGAAGGAUCCUCAACCUUCCAAUGGGUCCUUCAGCUCCGAUUUCCUUCAUUUUCAGUUUGGUCGUCAGAUUGGUCCAAAAUAAUCGGGCAGAGAUACGGGCAACUGGUCCUGAAGUAUGCAAGAAGAAGCUCCGUGAGAUCAGGGAAGUCGCUGCAAAGGGCUACGAUUAAUGCAGCCAAGCCGAAAGCCAUCUCAGGCUUAUUAGAUACUAACUUUUCACCCUGCUGCAACACUGCUUGUGCGAAUAAAUUUUUGCAAAAGUCGACUCCUCCUGGAUCCUGGGAUCCUGGAGCUUUUACAAUAGCUUGCAUGCUUACAUCCAUUAUUAAUAUUAUUGAAAAAUACAAAACUUGA